UUACGGUGCUAGGCUGUAAAGUUUACAGUUGUCCACGUGUGGUUACUUUUUAUUGUUAAUUAAACCGUUUAACAAUAAUAAAUUUGAUUCACAUCAACAAUUAUUUUCUACAUAUAUUUAUUAAUCGUUAGAUAAACAAUAACAAAGUAAAAUGGCAAAAUCAUUAAGAAGUAAAUGGCGUAGGAAGUGCAGAGCUGUUAAAAGAGAAAGAUACGGUGUCAAAGAACUUGCCAGGUUGAAGGAAACCCUUGCAAAAACUGAUGGUACACAGGAAGUUCAAAUGAGUGAUCUAUCAGCAAUUGCCACAGUCACUGAUGCUAAAACAAUAAAAGAAAAUGCACUUAAAUUAGCUGAAAAACAAGAAGACAAAAUCACUGACACAGACCAAGCCAUGGAAACAGAUGGUGAAAAAAGAGUUUACAACAAAAAAACAAUGCGUGAUCAAUUUGGUAAUUAUCCAGUAUGGAUGAACAAAAGAAAAAUAGUUAAGCACAAGAAAGGCAGAGGUAAACAAUUAAAAUCAACAUCAAAACCUGACAAAAGAUUAACACGUAAACAAAAACAAGUUCAAGCAAAAAAAGAAGGUAUUUAAGAUAUGUGUAACAAUAAUUUAAUUAAAAAAUUUUUAAUUAACAACAUAAAUUGUUUUA